AGCCAGCGUGGAGAGCAGAACAAUUCGUCCGGAGGUAGUGAAGAGCAGUGUAGUGUUUGGCUCUUUCUAUGGAAGGACCAUCCAAGCUUUUCUUUAGGUUGAUUAACGGCUACGGUCUCGGUACGAUUCCCUUUCUUAUCAGCGCCAUGAAUAUUGGGGAACCAGAGAAGCCCAUUGAUCUACCCGUUGUGUAUCGUCACAACGCAAUAUCUACGAAUGGCACUCCAAGUGGCCACUACAGAACCAAUCUAACCCGCGGUAACGUGCAGCUGGGUAAAAGCAAAAGUGAUCUUGACCUGGCCAGCACCAAGUUCGAGUAUAACCCAAACGGAGAGAGCCCCACCAUCGAGACCACACUUGCAUCUCUUUUCGCGACUCGUGCUCAGGGAAGUGUAACACCUGCGGAAGCAUCGGGUGAUCCACCACCAUUACCACCCAAGCCAGUGACUGUUACCGGAAUAUACGAAACGGAUAACGGACGACGUCAAUCGUCGAUCACCCCUUCGUACGACAUCUCGAAAGGUAUCGCCGAAAGUGCGAUGGACAUCUCGCUCCUGACCGCUAAUGCUAAUCAGCUGAGACUACUCAUAACGUACAAUCAAGGAUCGAAAACGUACGUCGCGUGCAUCACCUUUGUGAUACUGUCAUUGGUCCUGCAGAUGAUGGUCGCGAUCACCAUGAUAGUCGUUUCGCUAACGAAACCAGAGCGAGACGAUCCGAAGCGACAAAGGGUUAAAAUCGUUACAUCUAUCGGUGUAGCGAUCAUCACGAUGAUCAACAUCCUUGUAGCAUCGCUGGUUGUUGCGGAACAACCUCCCAAUGCUAUCGUCGCUUCAACCGGUAGCGUAGUCGGUAUGCUGACCAACAUUAACAUAACGGACACGGUCACAGGAACCUAGCGGUUGUGGUCAGACGGUCCUUGCAUGUUCUGAACACGUGCGAACAGGUACUACUUCCGGUUAACCUUCCUUACGAGCUGUUCAGUGAGGCGUGAAA